CGGAGCAGGGGUUUAACGGCGAGCCCGGCGUUGGGCCAGGGGUCGUCUCGAGCGGUGGCCGAAGCGCUUGGGACAGGGCGGUGCUCAGGGAGGCAGACCGAAGAGCGCCUCGGAAACCGAAGAAAGACAUGUCUAGAAGGAAAGAAGAACUGGAAGCAUCCAUUAGGAAGAAGGUUGAAUUUGAGAGAAAAGCUCUCCAUAUUGUGGAAAAACUGUUGGAAGAUGAUAUCACCGAAGAUUUCCUUGUGGAAUCUGGACGGUUCAUUUCGUCGUCUCACUACAAGGAUAUCGUGGACGAGCGAUCGAUCGUCAAACUCUGCGGAUACCCCUUAUGCCGAAAUAAGCUUGGAAACGUAUUAAAGCAGAAGUAUCGGAUUUCUACAAAAACAAACAAAGUGUAUGACAUCACUGAGAGAAAGUUCUUUUGCAGUAAUUUCUGUUAUCGAGCAUCUAAAUAUUUUGAGGCCCAGAUACCCAAAAGUCCAGUGUGGUUACGAGAAGAAGAAAGUCCUCCGGAUUUUCACCUGCUAAAAGAAGGACAAAGGGGUAUUUCAGGAGAAGAAAUAAAAUUACAAGACGAGACCAUCAAAGCUUCGGACAUCGAAAAUGCCGGACUGUCGGGAGGCCAGUGUGAACCUGGUUCCUUUGACACCCUCAGCGGCGGCAGUGAUACCGAGCAAGAAUUUGUCUCCUCUAUUCUACCGGGAAACAGACCGCGUGCAACCGGCUCUGCGGGACGGCUGCCCAGAAAGAGCAUCCCGAAAAAGAAACCUGGCCGGAAACCAAAUUCCAAAGACCAAGACCGGACCAUGGCAGUUGCCACCGAGGAGUUAAAUAAGUGUAGAUUAGAUAGCCAAGAGAAGGACCUUAUCAGUGUACAGAAAAAGUCAGCCUUGGUUGCUUCCGGCGAUCGUCUCCCAGAAAAACGGAAAACGUCCGAAAGCUCUUUCAUUGACUGUGAUGGUUCACGGGUAACGAUGGUGGGCAUAAGCAAACAGGGGGCAGAGCGUUUCAGGAAGAAGUUCGCCAAGUCGAAGACGCCUUUUAGCCCCUCGGUACAGGUGGAGAGCCUGGUCGGGAAAGAAAACCUGCUGGAAGUCCUUAAGAAGACUCUAUUGGAGUGGAAGACGGAAGAAACCGUUAGAUUUCUGUCUGGCCCCAAGAAGGAAGUUACCUGUUCUCAGUCUCCCCCGUCGGCUACCGAGGAUGGGCGAGGAGGCCUGGGUGACCGGGACCCGGAUUCGGAACCGGAAGGCCUCAGAUCUUCCGUGGCCAAAAAGGAGGGCCACGAUAGCCUGAACCAGUCUCUGCCUUUCACGGGCUCGGACACUGCCGUUAGACCCGUGCCGAGCUAUGAGAGCCUAAAAGAAGAAACGGAAGCCUUAAACCUUCGCAUCAGGGAGUUUUAUAGAGGAGAAUAUGUCGUGACCGAAAAAUCCUCAAAAAAACAAGUCAGAGAAGAGGUCGAUCCCACCUUUCCGCUCAUCGACUCUCAGGCUCAGAACCAGAUCCGGAAACGCAUCGUACUUGAAAAGUUGAGAAAAGUGUUGCCAGGAAUUCUGGGUCCUCUCCAAAUCACAUUAGGAGAUGUUUACACCGAACUAAAGAGUCUCGUACGAACUUUCAGGUUAACAAAUAAGAAUAUCAUUCAUAAGCCCGCCGAAUGGACACUAAUCGCUAUCGUGUUGAUGUCUUCCAUGCCCCAGAUUAUCCAGUCUGAGGAAAAAAAUCAGAAAAAUGCAAUAUAUACCCAGUUCAUAAACACAUUACUUAGAGAGCUUCAUCUCACUAAUGAAGACCUUGGAAGUUUAACCCAGAUAUUUAAAACUGUUGGACAAAAAGAUGUCAGUCCAUGUAGAGUCGAGCCACUCCAGUAAGCGCCCAGUGAGAGAUUGGCUGCUACUUAUUCUCUCCUGAUGAUGGAAUCCAAAUGACUGGGCUUCCUCCGGCUACCAAAUCAAUGGAUUGAGGAUUUGGAAGAGUGACAGACUCUUGUCCUGUCAUAGCCGCUCUAAUCUUCAUUUCACUCUUUUCUGGAUCAAUUAGGGCUGCUGUGCCGUUGAACUCAGAAAAGUAGCAAUAAAGCAAUCCAAAAUAAAA